GCAGGAUGUAUAUCGUGUAGUGUGGUCUGAUGUGUGAGACGCCGCCAUGUGAGCACCCCAUGUCUCUCCUCAGCAUGCGCCUAGCAGCUCUGAUAGCCAUCCUGGAGUUGAUUGUAGUCACCUUCCCACACUCGUCUUCUGCUGUUACAGACUCUACCAAGAGUACGUUAGAUCGUCUGGCUAACGUGACCCAGACUAUCUCACGGUUGCUGGACGGCUACGACAUCCGGCUGAGACCUAAUUUCGGCGGUGACCCGUUGUACGUAGGAAUGGAUCUUACCAUUGCCAGUUUUGAUUCAAUCAGUGAAGUGAAUAUGGACUAUACCAUCACCAUGUACUUGAACCAGUACUGGAAGGACGAGAGGUUGGCGUUCAGCAACAAAGAUGAGGUGCUGACCCUUUCUGGGGACUUUGCUGAGAAGAUCUGGGUUCCUGACACAUUCUUUGCUAACGACAAGAACAGUUUCCUGCACGAUGUGACAGAACGCAACAAGUUGGUCAGACUGAAUGGUGACGGCAGCAUCACGUAUGGCAUGAGAUUCACAACCACCCUCGCCUGCAUGAUGGAUCUCCACUACUAUCCUCUGGACUCUCAGAAUUGCACCGUGGAAAUUGAGAGCUAUGGGUACACUGUCACUGAUGUGGUGAUGUACUGGAGGGCCACUCCAGUAAGAGGGGUGGAAGAAGCAGAACUCCCUCAGUUCACUAUCAUAGGAUAUGGAACCAAUGAUCGUAUUGAGAAACUGGCCACCGGAGCUUACCAGCGGCUCUCUCUUAGUUUCAAACUCAAGAGAAACAUCGGCUACUUCGUGUUCCAGACAUACUUGCCGUCCAUCCUCAUUGUCAUGCUGUCCUGGGUCUCCUUCUGGAUCAAUCACGAGGCCACUAGCGCCAGAGUUGCCCUCGGAAUCACAACUGUGUUGACCAUGACAACAAUCAGCACUGGAGUCCGCAGCUCCUUACCACGCAUCUCUUACGUCAAGGCCAUUGACAUCUAUCUGGUCAUGUGCUUCGUCUUCGUGUUCGCAGCUCUUCUCGAAUAUGCUGCAGUAAACUACACCUACUGGGGUGCACGAGCCAAGAAGAAAUCCAAAAAAACUAAAGAGGCAGAAGAAACUGCCAGAAAACCUUCCAUUCCAGGUGUAAAAGCAGCAGCUAGCUCAGUCAGUGAUGGUUAUGCGGGUGGCAGCACUGGGGAUGAGAUCAUUGAACUCCAGGAUAUCCGUCUGUCCCCCAUACCUUCGAUACGCAACCGUCACAACAGUGCCAGGUUUUCAACAUCUUCCGGAAUGGUGUUGGAUGAUCCGGCCAAAUUCCCACCCAGUUUCCGGAUGAGCCGGUCGGGUUACUCAUUCCCCACAGCGCGACCUGGGCUAAGGCUCCGUAACUCCCGAGGCCCCGCCAAGCCCCGACUGCUACACGCCUUUAAGCGGGGAGCCUCCGUCAUCAAGGCCUCUAUGCCCAAGAUCAAGGAUGUCAACAUCAUCGACAAGUAUUCACGCGUUGUUUUCCCUGUGUCGUUCCUCCUGUUCAACCUGGGCUACUGGGUGUUCUACGUUGUAUGAGGGUCCAGCGAGAGUGACGCAGACAGUUGAUACGAAGAGAGUUAGUUCCGACAACUGUGCUUGCGACACUCCUCUCAUUCUAGGUUUCAUUCCAGACUCGCCGAGGCACCAAAGUAUACCCGAGGAAUGAGAAUUCUCGAUGUCUAAACAAGUGUAGCCAAGUAGAUAUAUUUUUACAGACUACAAUAAAAUUCGUAUAGUGUUGACGACGUGUGAAAUGUAAUUACUUCAGGACUGCUUGCCGAGGAUGAACUGUUUAGGCCUACGUAAAAUUUAGUAUAAAUAAAUGUGAUAUCAUUUUAAACAUAGUGAAAUAUGUAUUUUAUGGUAUUUUGUUUACACUAUAACUUUGAUGGGAACCGAGAAUUAUUUUUUCUGACAGAGAAAUUACAGUAAUUGGAGAUGGAGUAAAUCUUUUCAAAAGUUGUUCUAUUGGAAUUAGUAAACUAGAUAUCAAUUUAGCUUUAGUAAACGCUAGAAUAAGAACUGAUUUUCCUAUUAGACAUAUGCAUUAUGCUGUGUUAUAUCUGUAGGACCAUUACAUUAUGUAAAAAGUGCAGAACAUAACUGAAAAUUAUUUGAUUCACAAAUAAAUAGCUACAUUUCAUUA